CCCUCUCCACGUACGCCGGGCCACUCCCUUGCCGCGGAGCCCCGCGCAGGGUGAUGCUCGGGACCCCACCUCUCCGGGGAGCUGCGCAUUUCCGCGUGCCAAGGCGGCCCCGGCUCCGGCGGGCUCGCGGCGGUGGCCCGCGUUCCGCGUCCCCGGGAAGUUGUCUCCGGAGCCCGCGGCGCCUGGGUCUCCUCCCCCUGAGCCCCGCCCCCCCGCCCAGAGCUGGGAUCGGCGAGCCGCCCGGCCCGGGGGCGUCGCCGCCUGCUCUCCGAAACCAGCGAGUCUCUGCUUCCCUGCGCGGAGCGCGCGUUCUCCGCCUGGCUGGGGACCCCCGCGCACCCCCGAGACGGCGCGCGCUCAGAGCGCGGGAGCCCGGAGCUCCGGGCGCCUGGGACCCCGCGGAGCUACUGCCCAGCCCGCGGGGCUCGGCAGGGAUGCAGGCUGCGCUGUGAGCCCAGGCGCCAAGGCCAUGUCCGGCGCUCGCUGCCGGACCCUGUACCCCUUCUCCGGGGAGCGGCACGGCCAGGGGCUGCGCUUUGCCGCGGGCGAGCUGAUCACGCUGCUGCAGGUCCCGGACGGCGGCUGGUGGGAAGGCGAGAAGGAGGACGGUCUCCGCGGCUGGUUCCCAGCGAGCUACGUGCAGUUGCUGGAGCAACCAUUCACCUACUCUCUGUGUCUACUGAUUUGCCUGUUCUGGGAAUUUCACAUAAAGAAACUCGUGCAAAGCCUGGGAUGGUCCCCCCUCCGCCGGGAGAGGAGAGCCAGAGCGUCGUGCUGCCCCCCGGCUGGCAGAGCUACCUGUCCCCACAGGGCCGGCGCUACUAUGUCAACACGACCACCAAUGAGACCACCUGGGAGCGCCCCAGCGGUUCUGGGAUUCCGGCCAGCCCUGGCACUCACAGGAGCCCUCUGCCUCCGACAGAACCUGGGGUCCUCGUCGCCAGGCAAAAAGCAGAGCAAGGAGAACACCAUCACGAUCAACUGUGUGACGUUCCCUCACCCAGACACGAUGCCCGAGCAGCAGCUGCUGAAACCAACCGAGUGGAGCUAUUGCGACUAUUUCUGGGCUGAUAAGAAGGACCCCCAGGGCAACGGCAAUGUGGCUGGGUUUGAACUGCUGCUUCAGAAACAGCUGAAGGGCAAGCAGAUGCAGAAGGAGAUGUCGGAAUUCAUUCGGGAGAGGAUAAAGAUUGAAGAAGAAUAUGCGAAGAACUUGGCUAAGCUCUCUCAGAACUCCUUGGCUGCACAGGAGGAAGGAUCCCUGGGAGAAGCGUGGGCGCAGGUGAAGAAGAGCCUGGCGGACGAGGCAGAAGUCCACCUCAAGUUCUCCGCCAAGCUUCACAGCGAGGUGGAGAAGCCCCUGAUGAACUUCCGGGAGAACUUCAAGAAAGACAUGAAAAAGUGUGACCACCACAUCGCCGACCUCCGCAAGCAGCUUGCCAGCCGCUACGCCGCAGUGGAGAAGGCCCGGAAAGCGCUCACGGAGCGGCAGAGGGACCUGGAGAUGAAGACCCAGCAGCUGGAGAUCAAGCUGAGCAACAAGACGGAGGAGGACAUCAAGAAGGCCCGGAGGAAGUCCACGCAGGCCGGAGAUGACCUCAUGCGCUGUGUGGACCUCUACAACCAGGCCCAGUCCAAGUGGUUUGAAGAGAUGGUGACCACCACGCUGGAGCUGGAGCGGCUGGAGGUGGAGAGGGUGGAGAUGAUCCGGCAGCACCUGUGCCAGUACACACAGCUGCGGCACGAGACAGACAUGUUCAACCAAAGCACAGUCGAGCCUGUGGACCAGCUGCUUCGAAAAGUGGACCCAGCCAAAGACAGGGAGCUGUGGGUCAGAGAGCACAAGACGGGCAACAUCCGCCCUGUGGACAUGGAGAUCUAGGCGGGCACACGUGGCGGCCCCCGGGGUCCUGCCAAGGAGAGGGGCCGGGGGGCCCAUGGAGAGGAGGUGGUGGGUCCCACUGCCAAGUGGAGCUGCCCUCCCCCCCACUCUCCUGCCCACUGAGGAGAGGGGAGGGUGAGGGCUGCAGCCAGCGAUUCCAGAAGGGCGGCCUGGCGGCCUCGCUGGGAGGUCCCCGUGUUCCCAGGCCAAGAAGGUGGAUCCACAGCCCCGCCCUUGUCUCUGAGGCCGAAGACCCCCAACUCCCAUGUUGUGCUUGCCGUUCCGGGAACAAACUGAAGCUGGAACUUUGUGGUCCCUGCUGAGCACCGUAGGGUCAUCUCCCCGCCCAGAGCCAGCUGCGUCCCAUGCUCGUGCCCCUGGAAGCCCCGAGGUCCUUCCUCCAGCUGGCCCUCUGGUCUCCAGGGAGGUCCCUGUCUCCAAGCCAAGUGUCAGGAUCGCCGUCGUGGACGGAAGGCAGCGUUCAACAGCCCGCACUCAGAAUCCUUUGGGGCCUUCCUUCCUUAUUUUCCCCCCGUUGCAUUCUGGGAGUCCGCAUCCUGGCUCUUCCCUGUCUCCGUUCAUGAUCAAGAGUCUUGGGAAGAAGGCCUCACUUCCGCCUUCCCAGACUGACCUGCCUGGAGAGGUCCGGAUGGAGCUACCUCAUCAGCAAAUCAGCCCUCAGUCAUAGUGCUGAGUCGGGUUCCCCAGUAGAUCAGGCAUCCUCUGCAAAGUCUCUCCCAGAAUCCCCAGCCCCCCGACCUGCAGAUGCCCCCUCCUCCCAUCCCCACCCCUCUCCACACGCUAAACGGGGCUGGGUCAGUCCCACGUGGGAGACAGUCUGGGGCAAGUCUUUGUCACCGACCCCCCCCCCCAUGGCUCCCCCUGCUUGCAUAUGGCAGCAGUGGGACCACUGUCCCUUGUAUGGCUUCCUGUCAGUGGUGGCCCCUGUACAGGCAUCGAAGACUAACAUGGCCACAGUAGGUCGUCGCCUACUGGGCAGCGUCUCGCCACCGUGGCCUCUUGGCAACUCCUGCACAGUCCAGAGCCCAGCAUCAGGCCCUGCCUGGGGGUGGUGCCACCUUCCCUUUCUUCAUCUCCCAAUUGCUCGUAAAACCCGGUCUGCAUGUGACGUAGGAAGCUUUCAGGGCUGCAGUCGGGUCCUUGCCCAUCAUGUGCUCCUCUUCCUGACCCCAGCAAACAUGUUCUCUGUCAUGUUAAGUCCUGAGAAUCAGUUCGAAAGGACCAGAGGAAGGAGAGGGACCUGAAGGAGGAAGUGCAGCUAGCCAGGGGCAACCCGCGCCCUGAGAACCAACCCAUCUUUCUUACUUAAUCUUCCCCAUCGAUUACUUUGGAUUUACAGGAUCCAUAUGUUCCCAAGAGCGUGGAAUUCUAGGAGCACAACUCACUGGUCUUUCAGUCUUACGUAUCUGAUGAUGUAUUAACUUUGAAUCUUUCGGUACCUCUUGCAUUGAGUCAGACCGCUCUCUCACAGUUUAUGGUAGAAAAAUGCUGAAUGUACUAAAGCCAACCAAACCUUGUCCCUUCUCUUACGGAAGCAUCCCAACCAGAAAGCUCCGUGUGAAGGCCUUGUCCAACCUGAAUCUGUCACUGCAUGGAGAACCACUCCCGGCUCUGCGAUGGGGCCAUGACACCAGCCACCGGUUUCAGGGUAUCCGCUCUCGGUUUCUUUAUUAAAAACAGGAGCAAGUAGGAACUGCUUUGUGGCUUAGAAGAGUAAUUUGUGGAUGAUAUUCAGCUAUUCAAAGCCAGUGGCCGUGUUAUGAACACAUCUUUUGAGUGGAUACGCUCAGUGAGUUUGCCUUCUCGCUUCUCUCUGAGGAUUCUAGUCUUCUGCUCCUCCCUGAGACAGAGCGAGCUCUCCUCCCUCUUCUGGGGUAGCCUGAGCUGGCCCCGUCCGGGCCGGUCUGUCUGAUGAAGUGAUUCUUUCCUCCUCAUCCCCUCACCUCAGUCUCGGUAGCUUUUUCACCUACUUUUUCUCUGUUUUUCUUCCCUCUUUUAUUCAUUCAUCAAGCAUUUAGCUGAAGACAAGUGAUGUGCUAAGAUCCGCGGGCAAGGUAUGGGCUUAUUUUCUGUGAUUGUGUAUAGACAUCUUUUCUCCAGGGUUCUUGCAGGUCAGUGACCUUGGCGUUCACAUACAGGUACUCUGUAGGCCUUGGGUUUUCAGGGAUACUGUCUGUUGUGCUGAUCCGCAUUCAUUUAUUCAGCAGAUCCUUGGGACAAGCCAGGCACUCUUGCCCGCCCCUCUGUUCCCCAUGUAGACAGAGAUAUUUUGACCUUUCUGGAGAAUGAGAACAUUUAACCUACCACAUUUAACCCACUGGGAAUCUGUAAUUAUAGUACAAACUACCGUCAUACGGCAUUUACCCAAUUGGUGGGAGAUGACAGCAACAAGGCUCAGUGCCUUAGUCACUAGACUCCCAGCCCAUAUCCAACUUGAAUAUCUGAGAUUUCUUUUUUCUGUUUUGUUUUGUUAAUCUUCACCCGAGGGUAUUUUUCCCAUUGAUUUUUAGAGAAAGAGGCAGGGACCGGGAGAGACAGAGAGAGAAAAAUAUUGAUGUGAAAGAGACACAUUGAUUGGUUGCCUCCCGCACGUGCCCCGACCAGGGCCAGGGAUGAAACCUGCAACCAGGGUACAUGCCCUUGACUGGAAUCGAACUCAGGACACUUCAGUCCACAGGCUGACGUGCUAACCACUGAGCAACUGGUUAGGUCUGAGAUUUCUUUCUUGUUUUAAAUAACUCCUCACUUUACAAAGAAGAUGAAGCCUAAGGCUGGCCAGUGAAAUUAAUACUGAAUUAAGAGCAGAGCUGGAGUCGACAGUCCAGGCCCCCUGUCCUUGUCAACAGCUCCCCACCCCCCCCCACCCCCACCUCCGCAGUCUGGGUGAAGGCAAGAUCAGGAUGAAGUCUAGAGCAUCUAAAACUGCACUUCGGGGUAGCAAACACUCUAUCCGGUCAUUGUUUCGCGUUUAUGUUCUGGUGUUUAGGUUGUAAGAGGAUUUGACGGGGUCUAUUCAGAAGGGUGAGUGAGUGAGUCUGGGUUUUUCUUGAGCGCCUCUAUUGUUCAUUUCUGAAAACAAGUGAGCCCCUUCUACCUGCCUUCACUUAGUUUUGUCUGUGAAAACCUGAUUUUUUUUAAAAAAAAUUCUCUAUGACAAACGGUCUUCGACGUGAGCUGGUGGCCAUGACAGCCUCCAGGAAAAGCCACUGGUUCCUCUCCGUUUUUUUCUAGUGUUUUUGAUCAGUAUUGCAAAGCCCUGGCAACUGAACUGCACACAGCAGGGGCUGUCCUGAGGGAGGUUCUGCCGCGGGCGCCUGGGCCUCCUCUCUACCUCGACCCAGGCCCAGGGGGCGGGAGGAUUCCGCAGCCGGAGGCACGUCUCUGCUCAGCGCUGAAGGCCACAGAAGCCGCCCAAUUCAUGAACCAGGGAUUUGUUUCCGUUCCCUGUGUGAAACCCCAUCAAUGACUAGGUGAGUGGAGGGGUGCAGAAAGCUCUUGUUUCCCCAAGUCCCUUCUGAGAAACACAAGCCAUAAAAUUCAAAGGAGUCGAAGACCUCCGCUUGGUUCAGUGAUUCUGCUUCCGGCUGUGAGAGGCCUUGACACGGAGCAGAGCAUCUGCACAGGAUCCCGCAGACCUGCUGGUUACUGUGUCGGCAGGGAGCGCACUUUGCAAAUGCUCCGUGGAGUACAGAUGGCGGCGUGCUUACUUGGCCAGCACCCCAACGUACUCCCCUGGUCCUUCCCACCCCACGGGACACACUGCCUUUCCUUUCUCCAGGUUUAUUGAGGUAUUUGAUAUACAGUAUGGGGUUUAUUGACAUACAGUAAAAUUCGCCCUUUUGAAGUAUAUUGAUUCUGUGAAUUUUGACAAACUUAUCCAGCCUUGGAACCACCUCUAAAAUCAACAUGAUAUUUCCAUCGCUCCACAAACUCCCCCAGAGCCCCGGCGUCCAUCCACUCCUCCCACCCCAAGCCCUUGGCAGCCACUGAUUAGCUUGCUGACCUUAUAGUUUCUCUUUUCUAGAAGGUUGUAUAAAUGGAGUUACGCUGUGUAGCCUUUGGGUCUGGCUUUUUUCACUCAGCUGGUGGUGUUGAGUCAGCCUGUUUGCGUGGCUACUUCCAGCCCGAGGCUCCUUCUCCAAAUGCCAGCUGUGCCCACAGGUAGUCCUGGGGGCUCACACUUGCCUUUUUGGUUCGUGUCAGGAUUGCACAAUGCAGAAGGUUGCCAGGGAUUGGGCGGAGGGGUGGGCGGGGUCUGGGCUGCCUCUCACUUCUGCUGUGCCCUGAAGCUUGCAUCUCAACCUGCAGGUCCCCUCUCUCCUGGGGACCCGCACGUCUGCUCAGCUUGCACAGUCCUUGGCAUUGAGCAUUGGGGGGAAAGGGGGAGGGGGAGGGAAUGGGUGUAGCAUGGAUGAGAAGGCAGGGGCCUGGCCUUGGCUCCUCACCACCCUUUCCUGCAUCUGCUUCAUCUGCAAACCGAGGGUAUUAUUCUAGAAGGUCUCAGGCCUCCUGCAGUCACUGCAUCCUGUCUUCCCACUAGUCCUUCCCAAUUCUGUACCCUGUGCACAUGGCCACAGCUAAUCUGGGUCCCAUCAGCGCAGUGGUGCGUGGUGUUACCUAAACUCCUCACGAGAGGGACACCCUGCAUUUCUCCAUUUAGAUACAAAUGAAGCGACAAAAGUUUUGUGAGCUAUUGAGAGAGGGCAUUCCUCCCUAGGACCCCCAAGGUGACCUGUCUUGAUCUUGGCCGGCUCAGUGACAGGUGCGCCCUGGGAGGCAGCCAGGCCCCCCUCCAAGCAAACUGAACACACCUGAGCCCAGGCCGGGCCAGCGCGAGGCCACAGGCUCCCGUGCUAGAGCCCAGGUCUGCGCCGCUGGGAGGCCCUGGGCUGCAUUUUGCCAGGGAGGACUCCUCACCCCCACCCUUAGGAGUCCUAUUUCUGUCCGGCCUGUCUUGAAGGGAGGCACCCAACUCCUGCGGCUGUAGGUUGGGGUGAGGCUAAGACAAGUGACAGAGCAUGUUCCCCCUCCCCCUCACCAUCUAGACGCUGGGCCAGGCUCUCAGGCGCCUCUGCUGGGAGGUGCCUCUGAGGGAGAGGGGCUGUGACCACCUCUGACCUCUCUGGGCGCUGUUCAGGGGACACUGACCCUUUGUGUUUCAGGGAGAUUCCCGAUGGGAUUGCAAGGGUGAAUGCAAAGGGUCCGGCACAUGGGUGCUCUACUGGGCACAUGGGUGCUCUACUGGGCACAUGGGUGCUCUACAGAGGUUCCAGGGGCAAGAGCACUGGACUGGCCGCUCUGCUGUCUCAUUUGUCCCGUGACCUAAAGUCACUUCCCCUCCCGGGACCUCUGUGGACCCAUCUGUCAACGGAGACGCUCCCUUCCAGCGUCAUAAACAGCAGCCUGGCUCUCAGGAGCCGUGGCCUCUGGGCGGCCAUGUGGACCCGGGGACAGACAUUCAAAGGGACCCCAGCCACCCUUGGUGAUGGGCCCCGAGUCUGCAUCUGGGCCCUGCCCACAGGAGGGAGGCGAAGGGGCAGAGCGGCACGGCCGUUCUUUCGCAGACACGAGCACAUCACAAACCCUACGAAGGUGGAAUUUUCUAACAAAAUAAACUUGCUUGUUUGGUCUGUUUUCUGUAACUUUUGCUAAAUACUUUAUACAUUUUUAAUGUUGCAAAGCUGUGUCUCCUGCCAGCAUUCCUCAUCCCGGUAUGAAUGUGUUUACUUCGAAUUGUAUAUCCUUCCCCUCUGGCUGCCUAGGUCGGUAAAUAAAAUCGAUGUAAUAUAAUUUAUAAGUAACACUGUUGAAACUCCGAUCCCUAUGGGGGCACCCUUCCCACCCCCUGUAAUAGCAUUUGUGUGUAUUAAUGCUGAAGAAUUAAAUGUUUAAAGGGUUUAAAUUUUGAA